UCAACCAAAACUAGAUCUUGUUGACAAUCGCUACCUCUGAAGUGAGGAGUAGUACGCCAGCAAUCAACUCGCUCAGUGUCAUAAAGUUACAGCUUGUAACGGUGACCGCUGCUGGUAACGGCCAGCGUGAACCGCCUGCUUCAGGAAACUGACUACUGCCACUCGGGUGGCAAAGCAACACACCAAAAAUGAAGGACGAAAAGCCUAUACCUCAGAGAAAAAACUCAGGGCGGAAGUUGUCAUCCGAUCGGGGGAGCGGAGGUACUGGAGGGUCGGGACUUGGAACGGCUGAUGGUAAAGGGGAAACUACCGCAGCCAGGCGGAAACAAAGAUUGGCUGGGAUCCGUCCAAGGAUAUCCAUUGAAGAGCUAAGGAACGCCUUCAAACGUCAAGCUUCAGUUCCCCAAGAUGACACCGAGUGUGUGUUUGAUCCCAUGGCGAAGGCCCAAGAGAGUAAAACCGUCAUCCGUGGCAGAACGGGUGUUGUUUACGACGAAGCUAUGGCCAAGCACAAGUGUCCCUGGGAUGACGCAUACCCGGAAUGUCCUGACAGACUCUUAAGUUGCCUGGAUAGGUGUAAGGAACUUCAGUUACUCAAUCGCUGUGAAAAGUUAGAGUCGCGGAAAGCCACAGAGGAGGAAAUUGCCAAACUUCACUCGCGUUCAGUGAUUGACCUUCUACGCUACACUCAGAAAGAAGAUAAUGAAGAAGCUUUUGAAACUUUAUCGUCCCAUUAUAACUCUGUAUACUUCAGCCCUCAUACGUACGAAGCAGCGAUGCUUGCUGCUGGGAAUACACUGGUCUUGGUAGACAACAUCGCUUCAGGAAAAGUGCAGAAUGGGAUGGCUUUAGUCAGACCUCCCGGACAUCACGCGAUGAAAGCCGAGUACUGCGGCUACUGCUUCUUCAACAACGUCGCUUUGGGUACCCAGCGAGCAUUGGAGAAACAUAAUAUGUCCCGAGUUCUCAUUGUGGAUUGGGAUGUCCACCAUGGACAAGCUACCCAGCAAAUGUUUUAUGAGGAUCCAAGAGUUCUCUACUUUUCCAUCCACCGCUACGAACACGGGAGCUUCUGGCCAGAGUUGAGGGAGAGUGAAUACACCUACAUAGGUAGUGGACCAGGGAGAGGGUUUAAUUUCAACCUCCCUCUCAACCAGACUGGGAUGAAGAACGAAGAUUAUUUAGCAGUAUUUCAUCAGGUUUUACUUCCUGUGGCCUAUGAGUUUAACCCAGAGCUGAUUCUAAUAUCAUGUGGAUAUGAUGCUGCUGUUGGUUGCCCAGAGUUUGCUCCAGAAUUGGUUCUGGUGUCAGCUGGGUUUGAUUCUGCUCUGGGUGAUCGGAAGGGAGAGAUGGAAGUUACCCCAGCAUUUUAUGCUCACCUGACAUCUAGUCUUAUGGCUUUAGCUCAGGGUAAAGUGGCCGUAGUUCUUGAGGGCGGCUACUGCCUAGAAUCGACAGCAGAAGGUGCUUCCAAAACACUCAGUGCCCUCUUAUAUGACCCUUGUCCUAUGCUCAUGGAUCCCCUUGGGAAGCCAAGUCAGAGCAUACAGGAAUCAAUACUCAACCUGAUAUACGCACAACGACCUUAUUGGAAGUGCUUCCAGUACCAGAGUUCUUUUUCUGUCAACGAGGAAGUCGCCAUUUCGAAGCACGUGCCAUCUGUUACCUACCGUGGAAACGAGUCCAUCUCAGUCACUUAUCCAACAAGAAGUAUUUAUCCUUUUCAUUCCGCCAUCAAGCUUGAGGAGAUUGCGAUUCGGCUCAAGACGCUCAAAGGAAAGGAGAACAUUCAACACUUGCCCAGCCAUAAACUUUGCCUUGUCUAUGACGAAGAAAUGAGCAAGCACAAGAAUACAUUAGAGAAGGAGCACCCAGAAAGGCCGGAGAGGACGGAAAGAAUCUGGAGGUUCCUGAAUGAAUUUGGUGUGACUGAGAGAUCGCUGGUUUUGGAGUCUCGAAGGGCCACCAGGGAAGAAAUAGAAGCUGUGCAUACCAGAGAUCACGUAGACCUCAUGUUCAGUCUGAACACUCUGUCGAAUGAGAAUAUUAGGAACUUGCAGGAGACUUACAAGUCGGUGUAUCUCCAUCCCUCUAGUAAUGAUGCGGCCUUGCUGUCUUCAGGCAGUUUGCUGCAGGUUGUGGAUAGUGUCUGCAGUGGAGAAAGCCAGUCAGGAAUUGGGGUUAUUCGCCCACCAGGUCACCAUGCUGAAAUGGACCACCCUCAUGGAUUCUGCCUCUAUAAUAAUGUUGCUGUUGCAACCAAAUAUGCUGCUCAAAAGUAUGGAUAUCAAAGAAUCUUGGUCCUUGAUUGGGAUGUUCAUCAUGGCAAUGGAAUUCAGCAUGCAUUCGAAUCCGACCCUUCUGUGCUGUAUGUGUCCAUUCACCGCUACGACGAUGGCCUGUUCUUCCCAUCUUCGGAGGAUGCAAACUAUGACCGAGUAGGCGUUGGAAGAGGAGAAGGUUUCAACGUCAAUAUUCCUUGGAAUAAGAGUGGCAUGGGAGAUGCUGAAUACAUGUCUGCAAUGCUGCAGGUUGUAAUGCCCAUUGCAUACCAGUUUGAUCCACAGCUGGUUAUAGUGUCGGCAGGAUUUGAUGCCGCGAGAGGGGAUCCCCUUGGAGGUUGUCGGGUUACUCCCGAGUGCUAUGGCCACAUGACACAUCUACUGACCUCCUUAGCCGGCGGGCGCAUCAUCCUUGCCUUAGAAGGUGGUUAUAAUCUCAACGUCAUCAGUUACUGUAUGACCAUGUGUGCGAAAGCUCUUCUUGGAGACCCAACGCCAGCUUUAGAUAAAGCUCUUGUGCCAAAUAAGAGAGCCGUGGAGACCAUUUCCAGCGUCAUCCAGGUGCACUCAAAAUAUUGGUCUUCCUUAUGUUUUCAGGUUGCUCUGCCAGUAGAAGAUGUAUUAUCUCAGGGAUUUGGCGGAAUGCCCCAAGCGGUCGAAUCUGGAAUGUCGGGCUCAGAGGUGUCCUCGUGCAAUCCAUCGCCAGUAUCCACACCGUCGGUCUCUCCAAUAUAUGUUUCUGCUCCUUCCUCCCCAGAUAAAAUUUGGAAAGAAAAACAGUUGGUCAACAGCUUUAAAGAAAGAUCGUCUAUGUCUUGCGAAGCUGAAUUUUGCUCAGAUCGCGUAAACUCACCUACCGAAGAACCUCAGGAAUCAUUGCAAAGCAGUGGGUGUUCGGACAGUCUAGGCAGCUCUCUAUCUGUAUACACCACGCCAGUUCCCACGCCUGAGAAGAUUUCACCAGCGAAAGCAAAGGGCCUGUCACCGAAAGACUGUGAUACGUCCGGUAAGCUACAGACUCCUGUCAUGAGAGGGAAAACUAAGAAGGGGAAUUCAUCUACUCCAAACCGCCUUCAGAAACCAAGGAAAAAGCAGAGUGAUGUGUUAAUGGUUGCAGCUUCAAGCAUUGCCCACGAGAAGAAAUACACUUCUGUUGUGUUUGGUGAAAGUUGUGGGGCAGGUUGUAAAAGUGAAACACUUCAAAAUAUCAGGACUCAUUUACAGGAAUUCCAGCUUCUUGAAACUUGCAAUAUUAUACCUUCUAGAGAAGCGAGAAAGGAAGAAUUUUCUGUUCUUUUCAACGAUGGCAUUGGUGAAGAACGUAUGUCUGAAGAAGAAAAGGACCGUGUAUUGACAUCUGUUGGAAAUGCUGUCGAUAUGAUUUCCGAAGUAGUCUUUUACAGGUGCCAGAAUGGCAUUGUCCUCGUGCCAUGUGGUAAUGCUGAUACAGGAACCUUUAGUUUAUGUGAUAUUGCUUCUUUUAGUGCAAAACAUACUAUUGAUAACUUGAAUGUCCAGCGUGUAAUGAUCGUAGACUUAGACUGUAGUACAAAUCGAGAUUGCCAUGCUUUUUGUGGUGAUAAGAGAAUUCUGACUUUUUGCCUUAGGUUACACGGUAAUCAACAGUGUCAGAGUAGCGGAAAGGAGAGUACAAAAGGCUGUGAAUCUUGUGAUCGUAACAUUAAAUUGAACUUGGGUUGCCAGAAUUUCCAUAUGGAAAAUUAUUAUACUCUAUUUCACCAGCUCAUUUUGCCAGUCGCUUAUGAAUUCGCUCCCGAAGUCAUUGUAGUCGUCAGCAACUACGAAGCUGCAGCUCAUUGCGCAAAUGUCUUUCCAGUAGUUUAUGCUCAUUUGGUAGGGCAGUUGAUGGCUUUAGCAAAUGGUCGGAUUGUAGCAUUAAGUGGGACCAGCCAGCAUGAAGCAGUAACUAAGGAAUGCAUUUCUGCUGUCUUUUCUGCCCUCCAAGACAUCCCUUGUAGCUCUGCCCCAAAGGUAAUGGAAAGUGCGUCGCCAUUAGCCAAAGCAGAAGUUCUGGAGGUCAUCAAUACUAAAAGGAAUGAUUGGAAAACAUUGCAGUGCCAUGCCCAGACUUCAUGUGCCUUGUCAUACAGUCGGAAACCAGACGAUUCUACGCAAGAAUGUUGUGGACGUGACUCAGUCAGUGACUUUAAGAGAUAUGCCAAGAGUUCUGUGGAUGAGGCUGAGCUUCCUUUGUGCCUUGUGUAUGACGAGUCCAUGCUGGAACACUUCAGCUACGAAGACAGGACACAUCCGGAAUGUCCAGACCGGAUCAGGUGCAUAUACCAGCGCUUGCAGGAAUUCAGAAUUGUUGAACGUUGCCUUCGUGUCAAGGCAAGGCCAGCAUUUGUCAGAGAACUGGAGGAAUUGCACAGCCCAAAGCACCUGCGUUUGAUGUCCAGUUUAGUGUCGAAGAAGCCAAGUGAUCUUCAAAAUUUGCAGGAAAAUUAUGAGUCGGUUUUCUUUCAUCGCCAAACACACAAUGCUGCUUUGAUGGCGGCUGGAUCUGUUAAUGCUGUCGUGGAUAGCGUUCUAAAAGGUGAGAGUCGUCGUGCAUUGGCUGUGAUACGACCCCCUGGUCACCAUGCUGAGAGGAAUGAACCGUGUGGCUUCUGCUUCUUCAAUAAUGUUGCCGUUGGGGCAAAACAUGCUAUCAAUGAAUAUGGUUUGAAAAGGAUAUUAAUUCUAGACUGGGACGUGCAUCAUGGCAAUGGCAUCCAACACAUGUUCGAGUCAGAUCCUCGCGUACUCUACAUUUCAAUUCACCGUUACGACAACGGCAGAUUUUUCCCAUGCAGCACGGACGCCAAUUAUAACCGUGUCGGCAUCAAGAAAGGCAAGGGCUUCAACAUCAACAUACCCUGGAACAAGGGGAGCAUGAGUGACGGUGAUUACAUAGCAGCUGUGACUCAAAUUGUGUUACCAGUGGCCUUCGAGUUUAACCCGCAGUUGGUUCUAGUAUCGGCAGGAUUUGAUGCUGCUAUCGGUGAUCCUCUUGGAGGUUGCCAAGUAACACCCGAGUGUUACGGUCACAUGACGAAGCUUCUCAUGCAAUUGGCCGAGGGCAAAGUUGUCAUUGCUUUGGAGGGAGGCUACAAUCUUAACACAAUCAGCUACUGCAUGACUAUGUGUGCCAAAGCUUUGCUUGGCGACCCCAUUCCAUCUCUUCCUGAGGGGCUCGCUCCAUCCGAGAGUGCUGUAGAAUCUUUGAGUAAUGUCAUCUCUGCGCACAAGAAGUUUUGGCCGUCUUUAGACCUGAAGAACACUUUGGGUCUAUCCCCUGGAAAUUCUCACAGCCCCUCUUCGCCUGCUUCGGAAAGCGGUCGUAGGACAUCCAAAGGAGACAAGGCAGCUGACAAUGCCGUAACAUCAUCAGUUGAUGAAUUGUCUGCCAAUCUUUGUGGAGUUACGCUAGAAGACAAAGUUGAUAAAGCAGAGAAAUCCCCUUUGAACUCUGAAAAUAACAUCGAAAUGAAGGGGGAACCUUCAUCUUCGCGUGCAUCCGAGGGAAAUGCUGGCGAGAGCACGGAAAAUGACCUAGAAGGUGCAGUAGGGGGCACGUCAGGUCAACAGGAAGAUGGUGUCAAUACUUUCUUACUCACUGAGGUUCCUGGAGCAGAGCAAAUGUAUGCAGUUGUACCAAAAACAUGGUGCCCUCACCUCGAGCAAAUCAAAGACGUACCGAGUGCUGGUUUAAAAACAGACGCUCCCUGCGAUGAAUGCCAUGACCGCUCAGAGAACUGGGUGUGUUUAACCUGUUAUAAGGUCCUCUGUGGGCGGUUCGUCAACGAGCACAUGCUGAUGCAUGGUGUCUCGGAAGAACACUUCAUGGUGCUGAGUUUUGCAGAUCUUUCUGUUUGGUGUUAUGCCUGUGAGUCUUACAUUCACCAUGAUUCGUUACGAGAAGCUAAGCGGGCAGCCCACUUUGACAAGUUUGGAGAAGAUAUUCCUGGAUCUACUUGAUCGCAAAGAUAGAGGCUCCAUAUGCUUGAAGAAACUGUGUUGGCAGUUGAUGAACUUACAAAAGAACAUAACAGUUAGGAAAUGCUUCAGCUGACAAGUGGUAUAGGUAACUGAUUGACGUGAGAUUACACUUUACAUUCUUCAAAUCUGAAAUAUACACAUCUUUUAUGAGAAGCGUUUAUUAUAUUCAGGCUGUUUCUCACACAUGCACAUUAAAUAUACUCCCCUUCUUUGUCGGUAUAAUAUUUAGUGCAAUAUUAAGAUCUAGAUUAGAAGAGAAUGCAAAAGUGAAGACUUGGAACAGAAUUGAAUACAAAAACUACACCACUCUUUGUAGCUAUGAACUUUUUCUGCAAUAUUUGUGGUAGACGUAGGCAUAUGCUCACUAGAGUGCCUUAGUGUUAUACUCACCACCCGUAGGCAUCGUGUAAAAGCUUCUUUUACUAUUUUCACAAGUUUGUUCUUCUGUUCGAGCGUACGCACCAAUGCCUAUGAAAAAUUCUCGGUCUAGAAUAGCUUCGGACGUAUGUGCUGUGUAUUCCACAGAAUAUCUUAAAAGGAAUUUGCCUUUGUGAUCAUUAAUCGUAUUUGCUCUAUCUCACGUUUAUUAAAUUUGUUAGUUAGACCACUCAUUAGUAAUUGCUGGGAGGUAGGAGUUGGAAUUCAUCCAAGUUUUAUUGUACCUCUAGUAAUAUCUUUUAAUUUUCUUAUUUCUUUUAACAAUUCCAAGGUUACUCUGUAGAUGGAAUUUUUAGUUAAUAGUUAUUAUAAACAAAAACUAGUGAUUUUUCUUUUUUCAGUUAUAUCAUUAUUUCAGAAAGUAUACAUUUGCAGGGGUCUUCAUUGUUUGUUAAGAGUUAAUCAUCAACCUUUUUUGAACGGUCGAAUAAGUUGUCACACCCAAGUGAAUACAAAUACAGGAAGCUAUUUAUUCUUCCCAGUAAAGAGCAUCGUCAGAAAUUGUCCCUCUGGGAAUGAGGCCUCGUUUUGUUUUACCUUUCUUUACAGAGAGGUGUUAGGAACGAGUCCCUCUCGUCAUAUUUUCUUUGGAAAAGUCAUCCUUGCGUAGUUUAGUGACCACUUCCUGUUAUCGAAUUUUGGAAUGCUUUCAAUCGCCAUUUUCCUAAUUUCUGUGACAUUCCAUCUUUUAGGUUAGAUGGAUUUAGUGCAAGAUACUCAUCAAAAACCAUUCAGUGCCAUAGCCUUUUUAUAGGGUUCCUUUGCUGUUAAAAUGUGAAAUUCCCUUCUUAUUUAUACUCUCCCCAAUUAUAUUUUCUUCCACACAUCAAGAGGUGGGACUGAUGUGCUUUGCAGUUGGGCAAAACUCACUCUUAUUUUUACUCUUUUCUUUUUAGAAUUUGGACAGGUACUUUUGAGUCAUGAGAACAAGUACUACUAUAAAGGAGACAAGUUCCAGUUUGGGAAAAUGAGGCAUUCUCGUGAUAUUUUGGAAUUACAUACUCUACAUACUCGAGAAGCUUUUGUUUAUCGGGGUGAAAGUGGCUCAGUUUUUAAAAUACUGAUUUUAGUUUUAAUUUAGAAAACCUGAUUUGAUCUUGUUUUCUCUGCUUGGUGGCAACAUUAUAUCCUGAGACAGAAGGUUGUAACCACUUGAUUGAAUUUAAUUGACCCAUAGAAAUAUUGUAUUUAAUAAUAUGAAAAGAUUUAAGGUUGACAAUAUAUAAAAAAUCAACUGGUCUUGGUAUUAUGUCUACCCAGCGCUUUCAAGACGUUAAAAGUCCAGUUGUCGUCUAGUUUUUCAAAUGCAUUUGUGGUCAAAUGAUCCAUAUGAAUUGGAGGUGUAACCUCAUGGGUUACAAGAUUGAAAAGCUAGUUUUCUUUCAAUUUCAGACUUUUUAGUUAUUUAUUUUUCUGUUAUUUGUUAAGAUAGUUAAACUUACUGGGUUUUACUAGCUGAAUUGUGCAUUCAUGUACAGCGCAAGGACAGAAACUUCUUUGUAGGAAAUCCCAUCCACUAGAGGCUCACAGACUUCUAAAAAUAUUAUAUCGGUUACUGCUUGAUAGCUAAAGACUUUGAGCUUAUAAUAGUGGUAACAAAGUAGAUUGUAGAGGACUAAGUUAUAGGACACGAGAGAGUUAUUCUCAACUUGUUUUUCUUUUUUGCACAAUUACCAUGUAAAAACCUUCAGCUUUCUUUUUAAGUACAAGGCUUUGAAGGAGAUUCUGCAUGCUGCUUUCAGAAUGUUUUAACUGUAGGCUUGUUUUUCCGUCCUCAUGGUAAAUUAAUUUUGUGGAGGGGAUAUUGAUGCAGUAACCACCAAAUUCCCUUUUAUGUAUACAUACAAUUAAUUUCCAUAUGCUACCUUUUGACAUUGUAAGGUCACAAAGGUAGCAUGAAAAUGAAUGCAUACCAUCUUUUAUGGCAACUAAUGACUUGACUUGAAUUUCACAUUUAAUGAUGGACAGGGGCUAAAGAAGCUUUCUCUCAUCGACAUUCAAAUUGAAAGGUUGGUGACUGUUCCUGUUCUUUAUUAUGUGUAUUUGAGGAAUUUAAUUCAGGAGCUGUUGUUCAUUAGCCUAUUUCUCUGGCAUAAAAUUCAUGAUGCUGUUUUGUGCUGAAUGGCCUCAGUUGCCCCAGUGCUUGGCAUUAUACCUAAACCCUAUAAAUCAAUCAAUCUCAAUGGCAGGAGAAACUAAGUGUGCCAAGACUGUCUGCUGGAAUUUUGAAUAACUUGUUUGUUACUGUACAGUUCCUCCUUCCAUCACGUCCUUCAGUGUCUUACAUAGGUUAAGAGAUUAAUCCUUAAUUAGACAUAAGGAAAUAAAUGUUUUCUUCUUUCGGUGCAUUGGAUGUUUUUCUGCGCCCAUUUAGUUCAAGAAUCAAAGUACUUCAAUAUAUGUCGAGUCUUUCUCUCAUAUUGCAGAGAAAAUGUUUUAAAAUAAUUUUUUGAGCUUGAUCAGGAUUUCUUUUCCUGCACCUAUACGACGUAAUCUGUCCCAUAAUGAGGAAGUCUAAGGCAGCCCUUUAGAUGGCACCUAUUUUGGUCUUCUUUAACUGUGAGCCAGAUGUUAUUUGAUGGCUCAUUAUGUUGUGGGUCUUGCCAUCCAAAUUCUCUUUGGCAGACACACCGGAAAAAUCAUGAGUCAGCCGUGUUGUAGAGAAAACAAGGACAUACCAGUUCAACUUCUAUUAGAAAUGUAACCGAGAGGACCUUCUCUGUAGAUUUAAACUAAAAACUAAUGCUACUACUUGCUUGAAAUAAUCCCAGACGACCUAGGGGUGGCACUUCAUGAUGGCAUUCUACACAGUAUUGGUGACAAAUAGCGAGGACCCCUGUCAAGAGUACUUUUUGAGAAUUGACAAUAAAGAGUUUACUUUUGAUAAAUGUACCAUUAAAUUCAGUGGUAUAAACAUUUGCUUUCGAGAGGUUUAUAAGAUUGUUUGUGAUGUGGCACGAAUUGAAGUUUUACUUUUUAACCUUCAUUCACUGUCAUUUAGGUCCAUAGCAUAUUGUACGUUAAUUACCAUGUAUAGUAGCUGAGUUUGCUAAAUUUUAUAACGACAUUAUUUUUAUACAUGACGGAAGGUGGAUUGGCGAUGAAGAUAGCAUAAAAUUGUCAAGGAAAUUUAUUUGCUGUUGUCAUCACGUUCGGUGAUAUUUUUAGGAAAGAGUAUAUUGGAUUCCAGAGUACUUAUCAGGUUUGGUUCUGCGCUGACCACAAAACCAAACAAAACCAGAAGUAAUUAGAAUGUUUAAUAUAUUGGCAAAUGAUAUUUAAACAUCAUAGUUUGCACAUCAUCAUCACAAUAGAAAACUUCAGUUAGGAUUUUAUCUCUUGCCACUUUGUGCAUCCAUUUUACUCUCUUGAAUAGACACCUUGAAAUGAAAGGUUAGUUGUACUCAUUGAUGACUUGCAAGUGUAGAAGUGCUAUUAUUUAUAGAAAUUUAAGGAAAAUGCACUGAAGUCCAGAAAAUUGAAAGCAUUAAAAUGGUUUUCUGUUGCUGUGAGUGAAAAAUAUGUUUACUGUAAUCGGUCUCUAAAAGAGGUGUGUGCUCCUCCAGUUUUUAUUUUUAUUUUUACAGUACCAUUUGUUUAUCAAUUUUCAGGUGUUAAAAUUAUUUUGUGUUUCUUCAACAGACAGUGGUGCUAACAUACAUUGCCUUUGUUCUUGCAACAGCAGCUUUAAUUUUUAAUGCUCACAAUGCCAGCAUAAAUUUGUCUGACAAAAUUGGGUUUUGUUCUGUAGAGAAAAAAAAGUAUUAAGUUUGUCCAGGUGGUUUGGUUAACACAUCAUUAGUAUGAUAUUGGUCAAUUGAAGUUGGCUGGACUUUAGUGCAGUUAUAACAUUAAAACUUGUUAACAUUAAGUUAUAAUUAAAAGCAAGGUUAUAUUACAGUAUUUUGCUAUGUAAGUUUACAGGAAAAUAUUGUUUGGGCAUUGAGGUUACUAAUGUACAGUAAUUAUUACUUACAGACACUUAUGGUGUUUUAAAUUUUGUACUUUUUCGUUAAAUACAUCAUCAGUCUGGGAGUACUUUUAAAACCUAUACUUUCUUUAAGUCUCAUAUUUAUUAAUUAUCAGUAGAUGUACUUUGCAAAACAAACUCAGCAAAGGACUGAACUGUGCUUUUGUGCAAUUGUAACAUAAGUAACACACAAAUGUAGGAACUUCUUAAACCAUUUUAAGAUGUUUCGGGACAUGUGCAAAACCAAUUGCUACUACAAAUACCAUUUUGUUAUCAGAAACUCCUUUUAGAGUGAAUAAGAAGUUUUUGUUAUCCUAAGUUACUUCAGAGUGCAGUUGUGAUGUUUGUUUUAAAUAAUAGGAAUUUUUUUUAUCAUGUUCUUUGAAAAUUUAUUCUGAAAAUUUCAUAUGGUAAAAAUUAUUUGUUAGCAUUGUGAAUUAGUAUUAGUACUGUGAAAGUAAAAUUUAUUUUUAAUUUCAAAAUAUUUAAUCAUGAACUCUACAUGGUUAAAUUCAUCAGUAAUAACUGUCCUAAUUUCAGUCAGCAGCAAAAGUCUAGUCUCAGACAGGUAAGAUAGCUUCAGCAUUGACAGGUACACGGAAGGUCCCCAUCGACAACUUUUAUCAGAUGACACUGGACUGUACAGCACCAGUGAAGAGGAAAAUAGGAGUUAAGAUGGAUUUUGGAAAGCAGAGAAGUGAAGACCAGUAGGAGAAGGAACUUCUCUGAAUCUCCAGUUCUCUGGUUCAGUCUUCAAUUGUCUUACUCUUUACUGGUGCUUUACAAUAUACUGAUAUCUGCUAAAAGCACAUAGUAUGAAGAUGAAUGAUCAUAUACUCUUUGAGAUGUUACAUCCAAGGCCAGGUUGCAGAGUUUAGGGGUCCAGAAAAGAUGGAUAGUUUAGUGUGGCUGUCAGUAAAAACUUUUCUAAAUGUUAGCAACAUGCUAGUACUCAUCUAAAUGGCUGUUCAGUCAUAAGAAACUUCAGCUGGUCAUAUUCUAUAUAUAUUUGGGACUCCUUUAAUCUCAAAGACACCUUGAACCCUCAUGGAAUGGCAAUUUUAUAUGACUCCUCUUAGUUUUAUGGUCAUUGCACUUACUGUAGGCAUAUUGGGGAACUCUUUUGUUUUAUAUUCAAUGCACUUAAGCAUAUAGUUUCCCCCAAUGGGGUUUUCUUUCGUUAAAGUUCUUGGUAAUAUUUUGUAACAAAUCCAAACAGGAAUUAAGAAGAGCAGUUCUUGGCAAGGUCUUCACCUAAUUAUUUGCAGAUUGUUUUGGCCUGCUAAUUCUAUGUGCAAUAAUUGUUAAAGUUUCUCUCUUUUUACUUUAACAAUGUUUGAAUAUAGCUGGUUGUAGUAAUUAAUACAAAUCCAAACAGCUGCUGAUUGAGUUGAGGACUCCUUAAUCUGAUGUACUGAGUUGAUGGUUUGCCAUUUGAAUUUUGUAAAAUUGAACUUAAAUUUUGGAAUCUUUUUCAAAAUUGAAACGUGGAUGUAAAAUGCACACCUGAUGUAUCUUAUGGAUGGAAAACAAAUAUGCUCAGCUUAUUUAUGCAAUGUGCAGCCAAAUGUUAAGCCAAAGUACUAAUAUUGUAAUGACUAGAUUUUAAUAACCACUAAGUUCUUGUUUCUCAGGGGUCUCCCUCCAAGAAGUGAAUAUUUUGAGUUUUAUUUCGAUUUUGUCGAUAUCAACAACAAAAAAAAAUAUCCCUCUUUAACUCAAGUUUAUGGGUUUUGUAAUGUUGUAAUGAUUCUUAACAUUAUCAUUUAAUAUUUACCUAAUAAAGAACUUCCUUGAAGAAU